AUGAGAGAGUUAGGUUCUUUGUAAUAGUUCCCUAAUAGUUUCAGUCUGACUUAAUUUGUGACAGGGAAACUGAACCUAUAUUUGAUCAAAGUAAAACUUUUUAGUUAUUUAUUUAAACUUUAACUGGACAUGAAUCAAUCAAAACAAAGAGGAAUGUGUUUACAUAGAGUACCCUUGCUUAUUGACUCAGCACAUGCAAACAAAGACACUCACUUCUACGUCAUGGUACUCAUUAGAAUUAGAACUAUAAUUAUUUCGGAGAACAAAUUGUUUGGGAAUCUUGGGUAGACAACCUUUUGAAAUACCGUAAUACUGGGAACAGUCCCAGUAGUUCCAAACCCAAUUUACAGACUGAAAUAAUCAAUUUGACUAUUUUGUUAUCAGUGUUGACCUUGUCUGGGAAUUGAAUUCAUGUACUGUGUCCUCGGUGGUCAACAACAUUCAGAAUGGGUUCUGUGAUAAUAUGGCUUUUCUCUCUGUCUGGGAUAUGCUACAGCAUAAACAAUACAGGUAACUAACACAACCUGAUCUUAUGAAAAUGUAAUAUUGUGUUAAUAUGUCACUUACAUCAUGAACUGCAUCAAACUAAAAACGAAAAUGUCUCAGAGCUCCACACAAGGGACAUGGACAGUUUCAUCAAUGCUGUUGAGCUGGUGGAGAAGUCCAACCUCCACCUGCCCCCUCUCGCUGUGGUCCGAGGUCUUCGUAAAACCGCCGGGCACGAGGACCAACUGACCCUCCAUUUCUUAGGCGCCUCCAACAACCUCAGCGUGUCCGAGUUCAACACCACCUUCUUCAGCUUCUUCGAUAAGGCCAUCCACCAUGUCGUGACAGACCACGGGGAGGAGCGAGGGGUGGUCCUCACCCAGGACGGGACCACUGUGGCCCUCGCUCCUCUGCUUCUCGGUAUUGAAGUGGGGCUGAAAGCGAAGACGGAGGGCACCCCUCCCCUGGGUAUGAUACCCCUCACUUUAGCCAAGAACCUCGGACUCUCCUUCCUUCACCUCAUGGACUUCCCGGCCUCUCAGCGCCUGGGGCCAGAUGGCUGCUGGGAUAGCGUUGUCCUCCCUCGGGUCUUCAGGCUGUCUCGACUGCCCACGCUGGCCACCGAUGCCCUGAUCAACGGAGGGAUGGACGGCGCGAUCUUAGGGAUGGAGCUGGCACACCAGCCCUCCGCUGAACGUUCUAACAAGCUCAGUGACAUCCUGAGGGAUUACUAUAUUGAUGGUGUUAAGGGGCAUGGUUUGGAGGGUGUAUCCACCCACAUUAGCCCCAAGCGCAGGGAAAAUUCCAGAGCCCUCCUCGGCCCUUUGGAUCCUCAGAGACAAGUAAUGGAGACCCUAGCUAUGGUUUGGAAACUGGAGAGGACUGAAUGGAUCCAUAAGGAUACAGGGGUGAAGAAGGCUGUGAGAGACGGGGUACUGGAGUUUGUCCACAGGUACUGGGACUGCCCACCGGUCAUCCCUCGGUGUCAGUGGGGCGCUGAGGCUCACAAGGCCACGCCCAUCCCACUCUCCCUGCCCCUCCCCUUCCUCUACAUCCACCACACGUAUGAGCCCAGCCAGCCGUGUCUGACCUUCCAGCAGUGUUCCAGGGACAUGAGGGCCAUGCAGCUCUUCCACCAGGACGUCCGCGGGUGGGACGACAUUGGAUACAGCUUCGUGGUAGGCUCCAACGGAUACCUCUACGAGGGCCGAGGCUGGCUUCACCGUGGCCGACACACCAGGGAUCACAACUCCAUAGGCUAUGGGGUGGCCUUCAUCGGUGACUACUCUUCCUCUGUGCCCAGCCGCCACUCCCUGGAGCUGGUGAGACACCAUCUGGUCAAGUGUGCUGUGGAUAAGGGGCGACUGGCCGCAAACUACACCAUCCACGGGCACCGACAAGUGGUCAACACUACUUGCCCAGGAGACGCCCUCUUCUUAGAGAUCAAGAGCUGGGAGAAUUUUAGGGAGCCAAGUUCCAUGUGAAAAAAAAGAAGUAUUAUUAUCCAUUUUUAAUCAAUGGUGUUAUUGUCAAGACUUGAACUGGAGUCAAUAAUUCAAGCAGUGCACUUAUGUGACAACCUAUAGUGGGAUAGGCAAUCAAUAUGUCAGUGGAAUUGUGAACUUCUAAAAGAGGCCGCAAGGUGGAGCCCAACGCCAUUCCGUUUUGGACUACAUUCUGUAAGAGGUACCUCAACUGUCCCAGUGUCAUUCGAGAGUAUAUAAUGUAUAAUAAAAGGAAAACAUGUAUGGUCAUGUUAAUGUAGUUGGGAAUACCAAUAUACAUUUAUACAUUGAUAAAGAUUCGGUGUGGAAAAUAAAACAUGACAAGAUGCAUGAGUUGAUUUGAAUAAUUUAAUUACCAGCUUAUAGACUAGAUGGAUGGGUGGAAACUUGCAUGCAUGGUUGGAUGAUGGAGACUAUGGAU